AUGGCCGACGUAGCCAUGGCCAAGAAAGAGGAGCAGGAGUCCCAGGAAGCUCCCGCGCUGGAGCCGACGGAGGUGCCCAGCACACCCAGUGAGCCGAUGGCCGCCGGGCCAACGCUACCGCAGCUGGCGCCGCGCACAGGCGGCGAUGAGAUUGCCCAGGAUGAGCUGGCACAGUUUCGAGAAUGGCAAAAGCAGAGGGCAGAGGCAAAGGCCCACGCCGCGCCGACCUCGCCACCAAAGAAGCAGAGGACCGAUGAUGAGGAAGACAUGGCCGAAUUUGAGGUGAAGCUCGUGGACCUCGACAUCAACUUUGCGGACCUGGACCCAGAACUGCAGAACAAGCUUCGGAGCAGCAAGAGCUCCCGCCGAGAUUUUCUGGCUAUCCACACAACAGACAGACUUUAUAAUCCCACAGAUGGCACAUGGUCGGAGCAGCCUACCACGAAGAAGAGAGAUUUUGGAAGCAUUACUGAAAGAGCCAUGCCAAACUUGACGGCAGAGGACAACGUGCAGCAAGCCAUGCUGCAGUACCACCAGAAGAGCAUCCUUCCUUCCCUGGACCAGUUGCAGAUGUGCUGCGAUCAAUUUUACAAGAUGGCACAACAUGAGUUCGCGAUGACACAGUAUACCCUGGACAGGCAUUCCAGCCAACUGCAGGUGCUGGAGCGUUCCAAGGCCAACAAAACCAUACUUUUGCUGGAUUUACCGCCAAUUUUCAACAAGAAGACCCUGGACGCAAAUGUUGGGUAUUAUCUGCAAGCCGCCGGCCUCCAAUGGGACCAGGUGGCGGCAAUGCACAAUCAUAUGGUUUCCUCCGCCUCUUCACUUGUUCGCCUGGAAUUUCUCACUGAACAGCAAGCUGCCCAGUUUAGGGACCAGAUGAGACAAGGUCGCCGUUACUGGCGCGACCCCCAGCAGCAAGACCACAAGAUCAGGAUUGAGCAGGAUCAGCCAUUGGAAGACAGAUUGGCUAUGCAACCGUAUUAUGCUCUACUUGAAGUCCUCGCCGAGCUCUAUGUGGAAGAAACUGGAGAAGACACCCACGCCUCCCUACAGACCUGGAGGCAGACACUGCAGAUCUGGACCCCUAAGGGGGUGGAGCCCAAGCAACUUAUUGGGCAGGUGAGCUACGUGCUUGAUCCGCGCUUUGCGCGCCGCUACUCAUGCUUGCUUUUGGUACAUGACAGAUUCUACGACGCGGCCCUGACAAGAUGGCAUGCAAAAUUUUCGCGGAGACUUCGGGAUACCUUAUUUCUGGCACAGGCGCUCAAGCGCGCCACUUCUGACCGCACGACUGUGCAACGCGCUUCCUACGACAAGGCCUUCGACCUCACUACUGCCUCCCAUGCGCAGGCUUUCCCUUACACGGUGAUGCCGGUACGCAUUUCGGAUGAUCUGGCUUCUAUGCUUGAGUCUCACCCCAUGUUGCCUUUUCAAGGCGCUGGCGGCAUGACCGCCUUGACGGCCCAGGCUUUCUUAGAUAGGGACCAAUGGACUCCCCAGAUGGGCAAAGGCAGCAGUCACCGAUCUUCUUACCAAGGAUGGUCCCAGAAAUCCGGAUGGUCUGACUACAACACAUACCAGAAGCCCAAAGAUAAAGGCCAGGCCAAGGGCCAAUGGAAGGAACGCGACCACGACUCCAGAACCAACUGGAAGAAGGACGACGACCAGGAUAACAAUGAUAGUUGGGGCGCCUGGGGUUCAGGUCCCUGGGCCCCCUCCAGAACACCUAAAGGCCCAAUUUUCGGAGGCUCGGGCAAAGGCUCCCCACAGCAACAGACCCAGCACAACAAAGGUAAAGGCCACAGUCACAUUCAGCCAGUCUUUAUUUGCGAGCAUUGCUCCUGUGCCCUGGGUUACUGCAUUGAUUGCCCUAAGUGUAAGGAACACCCAGUGCCCCCCGGUUUCAUGUGGAAAGACACGGUCCCCUGGAAGAACCGGUAG